CGAUAGAACGGAGUAUCUCCCACCCUGUCGACCAGGAAAUCAAGUGUCAGAACCCCUUGCUCUACUAUUUCCUUCUAAGUCUAGUGACAAACUUUAUCAACGAGGUGAUGAUACCCCAGAUCUAUCUUAGGCUACCCCGCACUUUCUCGUCGGCUAUCAGGACCAAUCUGGCUAGUCUAUCUUAGCUCCUCAAGCCAUGAUGAUAGCUCAAGUGGUAUUCGGUUGUCUCUGUUGCAAAUGGCUUCGCGCUGGGUCGUCAACGCCAGGCUCACCUUGUACAAGUACGGUAUGAAGCACUUAAGAAGCGCCAUGCCCCCCUUCUCCAUUCUACAUCAUCCAGAAAACCACUGAUAUUCUACUCACCUACCAAUACUCAGUCUGGCUUCUAUGCUAGGCAGGCAAUUUGAAACAAUGACACUCAGAGACGCGUCAGAGACUAAUGACGUCAAACUUGAAGACAAGGAACUUGAUCAGACUCAUAUGGCAAUGUUGGGGUUCGGGAUCACGGGCUAUUCAGAGAACAAAAGUUUAUUAACACAACACAAAAAUGAAGCUGGAGGUAGAAGCAGCUUCGACGAUUGACCUUGACUCUGUCCCGCAUUUUUUGUAGCUCUGUAG